AUGUACGGUUUUUAUUUAGUUCUUUUUUUGACAAUUGCGUUAUUUGAAAAAGCAUCUUGUGGGGUGUCUAUUUCGUUUUGUAAUCCAACAACAACAGGCCUUUUUCCAUUUCCUGGAAAUUGUACUAAAUAUAUUUCAUGCAAUCAAGGAGUAACUACGAUUUUUAGUUGUACUCAUGGUUCAACAUUUAAUCAAGAAUUGAAUCGAUGUGACUAUGAGCAAAGACCAGAUAAUUGUCAAAAUUCUAUUGGUAGUCUAAAAGAUUUACGAAUCUUUUGUCCAAAAGGUUCUAGUAAUAGUUUUCCGCAUCCUUUUGAUUGCAAAAAAUAUAUUGCGUGCAGUCAUGGUUUGACUUAUAAUAUGAACUGCAGUGAUGGAACAGUGUACAGCUCUAUGAAAUCUAUUUGUGAUUGGCGUUAUAAUGUUCCUGGAUGUUACGGAAAUUUAGGUGAUGGUGUUACUCUGCGAGGUGACGUUAUUUUAUCUUCAAUAAAUUUAGAUACUGGAAGUAUGAGUUUUGAGACUAUAAAAUAUGUUGGAAAUGAGCAUCAAACUAAUCAAAAUCAUCCACUUCAUGAAACAAAUAAGCCUUCACUAGGAAAUAACCAACCCUCUCUACAACCUGUUAAUUAUAACAACCAUUCUACCAAUAAACCAAUUCACUACAAUCCUGAACAACAACCUAACUAUUCAAUCCAGAAUGGAUAUGCUAACGGGAAUCAACAGUAUAAUCAUCAAACUAAUUAUGGAAAUCAACAAAUCAUUUCGAAUGAAAAUUACUCUGCAAAUGGUCCAACUUAUCAUCAACCUGGAAAACCUUCAAGUAAUUUAGUUCACAGCCCGACCAUUAAUCAGAAUCCACCACUAAAUUAUCCAACUACUCCAAAUACUCAUCUACAACCAGUUCAAAAUGAAAAUUAUGGAGUAAAUAUACCGCCUUAUCAUCAGUCUCCAUUAAAUCAUGGAUAUUACUCAACUCCAAAUAAGUAUCCUAAUCAAAAUCAAGCUACUGGUUAUCAAACUGAUUCAAAACAUAAUCAAGACUCAAGUAUAUAUAAACUUAAUACUCCUACAAAAACGACGCCAGCACAAAGCAAUAGCCAACCAAUAAUAUUUCCGACAGAAAAACCUACCACUGAAGAGGACAAAGACCUAGAUAUAGAUAUUAGAAUGAUAGACGAUAAAUUAAAUGACAGAUCAAUUUCAAAAAUAAGAAGAAAUGGUAGAGCAGACACAGUACUUUCAUUUGAUCAAGUACUUGCUAUCAAUAAUUUAACUGAAUCAAAGAAAGUGUUCAAUAAAUUGAAUGAAGAUAAAGAUCAUAUUGAAUUAUCUUCAGAACUUCAUGCCAGAAUAGUUAAUUCUCCAAAUAAUUGGUUUAAUGGUAAACCACUGGAACCGAUCGAUAAUCAUAUCGAUGGAAGUCGUGCUACGGAGCAGGUGAAUGAUGGUAAAUUAGUUAGGUUCAAAGAAGAAAUUGAAUCAGUUUCAUUUAUUACAACUAAAGCUCCAUCGACUAAGAUUAUCGUAGAAAAUUCUCCUUCAAUUAAUGUUCUUAAUUAUAAUUAUAUUGAAGAUAACGGUAAUGGUAGUGUACAAAUAGAUCAAGAUUAUUCGAAAAUUCGUAACCACACUGUUAGAUCUAGAAUGAAUAAUAAUAAUGUCAGAAAAAGUAGGGAAAUUCAACAAUUAAAUCAUGAAUCUACGGGGCUCAGAACACUUUUUAGCGAUAAUUCCACAGAUGACACAUUUUUGUCGACGUUAUUUGUUACUCAAUUUAAGUCUAACAAUAACAGUCAACAUAUUAAAGUAAUAAAUCAGCUCUCCGGUCAGGUUCUUCGGUUAAGAGGAGGAUCUAGUGCUCACCAUGGAUAUGUUGAAAUUCGUGGAAUCGGAUUUGUUGGUCAAUGUGACAACACUUGGAAUUUAAAAAGAGCUCAUAAAAUCUGUAAAUAUCUUGGAUAUAAAAGGGGUGCUAAAAUAAUUUGGAAGGGUCAAAGUAAUGAUACUGAGUUGCCUUUAUCAUCACUUGAAUCUGAUGUCUUUUGUCAAGAUGAGCAAUCAGAAUUUCAUGUCUGUAAAUUAAAAACUAACUCUGAGUGUAGUAUUGAACGUAAUACAAUAGGUGUUGAAUGUAUGUUGGAUUCUUCAGCCUACUGUAGUACAGAUGAUGUACCGUUCCAUAAAAACUGUUAUCAUUUAGUUAAUUCAAGCUUGGAUUUGAGUCAUGAUGAUGCAAUACAAUAUUGCUCUUCAAGAAAUUCAUCUCUGUUAUACAUAACAGCACAAGAUGAAAAUGAUUUUAUUUCUGAAUGGUUAACACAAAAGUAUCCUCAAGUUGAAUCGAUUAUGACUGCUGGUAUAGGAUUUACUACGAUGGCUCGAACUAUUUGGGUUUGGCAAGAUUCUGCGAAAUCUUUCUUUAAUUUCAUGAAAUGGUGGCCCGGAUGGAAAAACGAAAAGACUCUUCCACCUUCAGCAAAGUCAUCAGCUUCAUGUAUUGUCAUGAAAAAUAAAUUCCCCUGCUAUGAUCAACCCAACUUAAAUUGUCGAACUAAUGGUUAUUUCUUCUGGGAUGUUGAAGAUUGUACAUCCUCUAUGAAGGGGAAUUAUUAUAUAUGUAAACGACCAUACAACAACAUUUCUCUAUGA